UUUUAAAUUCUUUACAAACAAUACCCUCUUAUUGCUUAGAGUGGCAGGACCUCUGCUACCAUCCCCACCCCAGGCACACUGCUACAAUGAUUUUAAAUCUUUGGGGAAAAAAAAACAACCAUCAUAUGGGCCAGACAAACCAGAUCUCUGACCUCUGGUCUGUUUAUAUUUGGCACUUAGAAUCCCUCUUCUCACAUCAGUAGCCUCCCAUGUGGCUGGGCUGUUUCUGGGCGGGGCAGGUACUUGGCAGCUCCCUGGAGUGAACAAGUGCAAACACUGGGCUGGUUCCCAGGACAGGACUGGGGCAGAGGUUUCUUUACUUCAACUGACUUUUGAGGUUCACAGUUCUUAGGGACAGCUUGGAUGAAGUGGACCAGAGGAGGGAGUCAAGCUUCCUCUAUCCUCUAAAUCUAUUACUAUUAUACCAGUAAUAAUAACAAUAACAAAAGUCAUUCUUAACCCCUGUCCCUUGGUUGUGGGGCAGCCUCCGAAUGCGGUGGGAUUGUAGGCAGAAGGGGGCCUCCUCAUCCCAUUUUCACUUUUGUAGCAUGCCCAUUGAGGAUUAUGUCCUCCCUCUCCUUAUUCUGUCAAGGGACUCAGCGCUGGAGGGAAAAGGCAGACACCCUGGGGCAGAAAGUAAUCUCCAUCAUAAGGCCUGGCUUGUCUUGUAGGUCCUGCCUCAUGCCACUUCUGCCUGACUUGGGGUCUUCAUGAGCUCAGGGCAGGAUGCCUGCAGGAGGUGGACUCUGCAAUUGCACGGAUCAGCUACCACCCAGAGAUGAGCUACUGCCCGGAAUCCCCUCUGUGACCAAGGGCUGGGGGCUGUGGGCCCUCUCAGGGGCUGUGACCCUGCUGCUCCUCAUCUCACUGGCUGUGCACUUGUUCCAGUGGACCAGUGGCCGGAGCAGGGGCCAUCCGGGACAUGGGCGCUCUGGGGAGUCUGUGGAAGACGUCCCUCUAUAUGGGAACCUGCAUUAUCUGCAGACAGGACGGCUGUCUCAGGAACCAGGGCCAGACCCACAGGAUUCAGCCCCUGGAGGCCCUGCCAGGGCUGCAGAGGAAGUGAUGUGCUAUACCAGCCUGCAGCUGCGGCCUCCUCAGGGCCGGGUCCCCAGCCCUGGAAGCCCCAUCAAGUACUCGGAGGUGGUGCUGGACUCCGAGCCAAAGCCCCAGGCCUCAGACCCUGAGCCAGAGCUCUACGCCUCAGUGUGUGCCCAGGGGCGCAGAGCCCGACCUUCCUUUCCAGACCAGGCCUAUGCCAACAGCCAUCCUGCACCCAGCUGAGACAGGGGGCCAUUGCAUUGGUUACUGCUAUCCUGUCUGGGGCCAUGACUGUUUCCCAACCACCCCCUGAAGACAGGCAGUCCUUCCUCAGUCACAGGACUGAUGGUCCCUGAAUUUCCUAUCUGAGCUGUGAGGGAGACCUCUCAGAGGAAUGGCAGGCCCCGUUUUUUGAGGAUGGCGGAAGAAAAGGCAGUGGCCUCUCCCUCCACCUCCUUUUCCCCCCUCUAUCUGUUCCUCUCAACCCCCAAGCUCCAGAUCCUUCCCAUUCCACACCUUUUAGUCUACCCCUGACACCUCCGUGUCUCCUCAGACACCAGAAGUGGGCAGUAGGGGAGGGGUAUCCUCCUCAGGAGCCCACAGGCUGGACGGGGUCCUGGAAUCUGGUGACCUGAGAAAGCCAAGCCUGGUCUCUGACUUGAGAAGCCUAGCAGAACACCAGUCUCCAUCCUGUCGCCUCUGUCAUGUGCCAAAGUUUUUAAAUAAAACUUCUGAAAAAAGUGU